AUAGGACAACAAUUUCAAAGAUCGACAUCAGUGUGUGUUUUGACCAGUAGUUAAGCGAUUAGACAAAAAAAAACAUAUAUUUUAUUAUUUAUAUUUUAAUUAUUAUUUUAAUUAUUUUUUUUAUAUAUUAUUUGUGUGUUUUAAUCGCUAAAACAACAACAACAAUGUCUUUCUUGGCAACAAAAAUGGUUAAAUUUGUGAUACUGUUGGCAGCARUGAUGGCACUGUCACUGAUGGCCGUCACCGAGUCGUCACCGACUGGCCCUUCCUCGACAACAAUCACUUCCUCCUCCUCCUCCACCACAAAGUCGGUGUCGGCAACGAUCGGCCGGACAGAGGUCACACUGAAACAGGCCAUCAGAAUAAUUGAAAAACGGCGACUCAAGGAAUGUGUGGCCCGUACUAUAUGCCAACUGAGCUGCGAUGCCAAUGCACUGGGCGAUAAAGGACAGGCCGUCUAUCAUACAUUGCAACAGUUCGAGUCGGACACAUUGCCCCAACUGGCCUACUAUAAGACGGCUCGCGAUAAUGGACAGACAUUAGACAAAUCCGAGUGUAACGAGUGCUCCGACACACUGUACCCAAACUGUAAGACAUCUACCGACACACUGUUACGACUGGCCAAUGCUCUGACAAUUAAGGCUUAAAAAUUUAGAGUAGUAGUAUGUAAUCGACAUGUAUAUGUACGGCUCAUACCUACCUAACAAACAUACCUAUCAAUCUCCAGUCAUUUUCAAAUCAGUUUUUCUUUGAAUUGUUAAACAUUUUUUUAAAUAGUUUUUUCCCCCAUAAAUCUACUUUCAAUUAUAUCAAUUAAGGCUCUAUUUUAUAUCCAAUUUAUUAUUUUAUUUUUUUUAAAAAUAAUGACAUAAAUAUUCAUACAAUAUGUACUAUAUGUAUAACCAACAAAAAAAACAUGUAUAUAACUAUUUAAAAAUCUAUUAAUAAAAUCAAACGUUC